CCAGAACUGCCGAGAACGCACCACGCGAACGAGACAGACACAACCGAGACAAACACAACCGAGACUAGAGCCUAAACCAGGUCUAAAACAAACAGAGUCAAUAGAGUCACAGACUUUAUCAGAGUUUUUCUAAGAUCAGAUCUUCAGCCUUCAUCCCUUACAGACGCAUGGAGACCCUGACGUUGACGCAGAGAAGGGAGCGGUACGCGGAGUGCCGCUGGACCGCCCGGAGCACGGAACCGGAGGUGUUCACCUUCGAGAGGAUUCCUCCGCAGACCGCGGCGCUCAGCUACUACGCGCCCAUCCGACCCAAGAAGCGGUGCACUCGCGUCAUGUACCCUGCCAAAGUACGCAUGCACCUUCCGCCGCCCGAGCGCAGCGCGGCCAAGCGCGCGCUACUAAUGCUGCUGCUCGUGCUGCUGUGGCAGAUCUGGACCGAGGAACCGGAGCUUAAGACCAGUCCCCGCGCGCCUCAGCCCACGUGCCCGUCCUACGUUCCCGUGUACUUCACCUCCAGGCAGCAGAGCCCUGUGUGUCCCGCUCGCUCCGCAGGCCCUGCGCACGAGCCCGGGCACAGCUUCGAGGGAGCGCGCAACAGCUACGUGGUGGCGCUGCUCGUGGCGCACCGCCUCGGGUCCGAUUGAGCCCCGCGAGACCUCUACUCCUGAGCAUGACAUCAGAGUCUGGACCAGGAACCCGAAUCUGAACCAGGACUAUACCUGGAGAGUACAGAAUGAUUAGCUCCACAGCGGGACAAACCUCUCACUGAGGCCGGGGACAGCGCACCCAGAGACGUCCACAGUCCGCACAGAGCCCCGCUGAGCCACGAGGCCAGACUGAACCGAAGCUGAACCUGGACUGAACCAGGAUCAAACAAAGACUUGAAAAUGUGGAACUUUUCAAACUUUGAAAAACUGUUUUUCUGAGACUUGAAUCAAACUGAAAAGACUUGAAGUGAGCUCACGCGCACGCGCACUGACACUCAUUACUGUAAUGUCAUAAUAUUAUUUAGUAUUUAUUGAAGUAUUUGCUAUUUAUUGUUUUGUAAUAAAACGUGUUGAAAUGAA